GUUUAUCCCAAUGCAUGGUAUUGAAAUUCAUAUAUGUAUAUGUAACAACCUUCGUUCGACACGUGUUUAAGUCCAAUUUCCUUCUAUCACAAUUGGAAUAUAAUACAGGAAAUGAAUGUAUUCGUAUGCUGUAUAUAUCUUUCUUUGACAAUAUGCCUAAAUGCUGUCUAUUCAGCACGACCGCUUACACCAUAUCAAAGAAGUUUUACACCGGCAAGAAAUAUUAGUUGUGCACAAUGUGAAAUGAAACUAGAAGUAGAUGAGAAGAAAAGUUUUGUUGAAACAGACAUGUAUCGCCGUAGGUGUUUAGAUGAACCGGAGAUUUUCUUCAAACCAUGUCUCCUGGAUGACAAGAAUUCACCCCGUGGAUGUGGGAAACUUACCACUUAUUUAAAAGAACCAGUCUCUAAAGGUCGUACAAAAGAAGUUACAUUAAUGAAACGUUUCUGUGCUACAGAAGGCGGUGAACCUGAAGAAAUUAAAUGUAUAAAUCGUCCAUCUGAAGGUGGUUUCUCAGAAAUGUGCAUUUGUGGCACAGAUAAUUGUAAUUCUGCACCUAAUCUAUUGAAAUCAACCUCAUUUAUCUACUCUCUUUUACUGUCUUUUAUAUACAUGUUAUUCAUAAAUAAAGCAAUGUAAGUUAUUUAACGUUAGUAGUAAUAUUAAAAGUAGUAUAUGAAUACAUUGAUGUUAGUUUGAUAGAGGAUAGAGGAUGAUAUGAUUGAAAUAGAAGGUGGUAAUCAUGCCUAUAUCAGGUGGAACAAUGACCAUACUGAUUUCAUAGACUUGAUAUAACAUCCACUUACAUAUAUUCAGUUAAACAUUUUACAUUUUUAUUCAUUGAAAGUAUUUGCCAAUUAUGCAUUUCUUUGGUUCCUUCUUAGACAAAAUAAACCAGAAUUUAAGAUGUUUUUUUUCUUCUUAAAUCAUUAUAUGUCUUCUUCUCUUGUUGUAUCGCCUACCUGUCCUGUUUGUGAGUAGUAUAUAUCUUUAUAUCACAACUUAGUUCUAAUUUAUACUUGAUCAAUAUUAUUAUUAUUAUUAUUAUUAUUAUUAUUAUUAUACAUUUAAUCAAUAUGCAACACACUUUACAAUAAUAUCAGUAGUAUCUAUCUACACUUGCUAGUUUUAGUAGUAUCUUGGCAAACUCAUUUAUUAAUAGGAUUAAUCUGUGAUAAAAUAA